GUCAAUACUGACAGCUGACAAAAUCAGCUGUUUUGUUCUGUUCAUGUUGUUGAUGUGUUGUUUUUUCAUUACAAAAAUAUUAAUUAUUACCACAAAUAACUAUAUUUACUCAAUAAAGACUAAUCAGAAUCAUGACUUCUAGAUUUAGUGGUGCAUUACAGUUGACGGACCUUGAUGACUUCAUUACACCAUCACAGGAAUGUAUCAAACCUGUGAAAAUCGAAAAAACAAAAAGUAAAACAGGUGCUAAGAUCAAGAUAGGAGAAGAUGGGUACUUUGAUUUAUCAAGCGGCAGGGAGCAGAAACUUCAGAAAGUGGAGAUCACUCUUGCAGACUGCCUCGCGUGUAGCGGCUGCAUCACGUCUGCUGAGAGUGUGCUGGUCACGCGCCAGAGUCAAGAAGAGCUCUUACGAGUAUUCUCAGAACGAAAAUACACAGAUAGCAAAGGUGUGACCAAGAAUGUCAGCUUAGUAGUAAUUUCACUAUCCCCACAGCCAGUGUUAUCUAUGGCGGCUCGCUACAAACUUUCCCCAGAAGAAGCUACCUCCAAACUGGCAGGCUACUUUAAAAGUUUAGGAGCAGAUAUGGUGUUAGAUAUGACUGUAGCAGAAGAUUUGUCUCUGCUUGAGGCUCAGCAAGAGUUCUUGCAGCGGUAUCAGGACCAACAAAAUGAUCCCACAUCUAAAAACCUGCCAAUGUUAGCAAGUUCUUGUCCAGGAUGGGUAUGUUAUGCAGAGAAAACACAUGGGUCUUUCAUACUGCCUUACAUAUCCACCACCAAGUCUCCCCAACAGAUAAUGGGCUCAUUGGUCAAGCAGUAUCUAUCAAAGAAGAAAGAAGUGACCCCUGGGGAAGUGUACCACGUGACCUUCAUGCCCUGCUACGACAAGAAGCUGGAGGCCUCUAGAGAAGACUUUUACAGUGAAAUGUUGAACUGCCAUGAUGUUGACUGUGUUAUAACUGCAAUUGAAGUAGAACAAAUGCUGGGCAACAGCAACAUGUCUCUAUCAGACGCCACUGAAGCCGCGCUGGACUGGGCGUGGGGUGACGGCGAGCCGGCCGGGGUCAAGGGCCGCGCGGGCUCGGGCUCCGGCGGCUACGCAGACAGCAUCUUCCUGCACGCCGCUGAGCAGCUGUUCGGAGAGACGAACGCGCAGCUGGUUUAUAAGAAUCUCAGGAAUCCUGACUUCAGAGAAGUAACUUUAGAAAAAGACGGCAAAGAAGUCUUGAAGUUCGCAAUCGCGAACGGGUUCAGAAAUAUACAGAAUCUGGUGCAGAAGCUCAAAAGGGGGAAGUCGCCUUACCAUUAUGUGGAAGUCAUGGCGUGUCCAUCAGGUUGCCUGAACGGCGGUGCGCAGUCCCGGCCCGUAUCCGGCGAGAGCGGGCGCGCGCUCGUGCAGCAGCUUGAAGCGCUUUACGCCGCACUUCCUCGCGCCACCGACCGCGCCGCACGCCGGCUUUACGCUGAAUGGCUCGACGGCCGUGACUCUGACAAGGCAAAAGCGGUGCUGCAUACAGCCUACCACGCUGUGGAGAAGGCUGAUAUCGCGCUCAAUAUCAAGUGGUAACCAAGACCGUCUAACUAAAAUGCCCAGGGCCCACUAGGGCCCUUUUAGUAUUUUAGACACCCUGCAACUCUCACUUUACGCCGCGUGCCGGCUUUACGACGACUAGCUUGACGGCCGCGAUUUCGAUAAGGCGGCUAAGGUGGCGCUGCACACAACCUACCAUGCUGUAAAAAAGGACGACAUAGCGCUCAACAUCAAGUGGUAACCAAGACCGUCUACUACUAGAGCCCUGGGCAUUUAGACACCCUGCAGCUCUCACUUAUACCGCGUGCCGCCUAUACGCCAACUGGUUUGAUGGCCGUGCCGUGACUCUUAUAAGGCGAAGGCAGUGCAGAGUCUACCAUGCUGUGGAGAAGGUCGGCAUAGCGCUCAAUAUCAAGUGGUAACUAGACCGUCGAACUACUAGAACUACUAGGGCCGUGGGAAUUUAGACACCCUGCAGCUCUCACUUUACGCUGCGCGGCGUCUCUACGACAAAUAGCUAGAUUGCCGCGACUCUAACAAGGCAAAGGCGAUACUACAUACAGCCUACCGUGCUGUGGAAAAGGCUGACAUAGAGUUCAAUAUCAAGUGGUAACCAAGACCGUCUCCAACCUACUGCGCCUUGGGUAUUAAUAAUAUACCAGGAGGCAGUCCUAGAUCUGUCAAUAGGCCGUAUAGGCCGCGGCCUAGGGGCGGCAGAUUUUAGAUGACGCUUACUCGAUUUCAGAAGAUAAAAGUUAAAUGAAGAUCCAACCCCACCCUAGCCUACGGGCGGCAAAACUGUAAAUCCGCCACAGCCAGGAGGUCCUUUUCCUAGAAUUCAGCGAUUACGCACAACUGUUAGUAUUCGCAGGUUCUGUUUAAUUUUUUCUUGGUGGCAGACGGAUUCGAUCACGGCACCCAGAGAGGUCUGUCGGUAUCACAAACAAUGCCUAAAUUCAAAUUUAAUUUAAUAACUUUUUGGUCGUGCAAUAAGCUGACGCAAUAGCAGCUAGUGGCGCGCGGUGUAAUAAUCUUGUUCGGACAAUCUCGCCAGAUGGCGUGAGUUAUGAAAUUCUAUCCAUUUGAAAUGUAAAUGUAACGCCCAACAACUUGUAUUUACUUUUCUCCAUUGAUAAUGGCAAAUUGGUGACCUACGAGUAUGAUGGUGUAGUUUAUACGUAUUGUUACAAUUUUAAUUUGUCUAAUAAGUAAACAAUUAUGUAUAAUUAGGUAUUAUUUAUAUUUUAUGUAAUGAAAAUGAAAAUCUCUGAUUUAUAAUGCUACAAGAGAUAAUAUUUAUGUAACUUUUCAUAUUAUAUUAUACUGUUUUUAGUCACAAAUAAAGGCAAAGCCAGUAAGGGCUUGCCUAUUCUAUUCAUGAUAAAUAAUUCAAUUUAUUUAUAAUUAUGUAUUUUAUUUAUAAUUUAAAUAAUAUUUUAUUGACUUACUUUAGUUUCCUUAAGCUUAAAUAAUGAAAUAGUACCUAAUUUAAAUAUUAUGCAUACUGCAAGUAUUCACUAUCAAUACAUAGAUAUUAUUUUGAAGCACCUCUGCGUUGUAUUGUUACGUUAUGUUGUUGUUAUUUGUAUAUUUUGCACAUUUAUGCAACCAGUUUCUAAAGAUUGGGUUUGAAAAUCGUGAAACCUUAGUUCCCUCUCCCUUGCCCAUUUAUCUUGAGAAUGAGAGGGAAAUAGGUGUCACUUUUUUCAGAGCCAUAUUUUACUGGCACGGUUGUAAAUAUUUUGAUUGUUUGUUGUUAAGGAAGGAGGAACAAUAAAAUUGUUGAAAGUAAAA